AUGCCACUGUACGAUGUGGAACGUUUGAUUACUUUGAUUGAAGAGCGUCCCAAUCUAUGGGAUACACGACUGGAGUCAUACCAUGACCGAGUGCAGAAGGAUAGGUCCUGGGAGGAGAUUGCCAAGGAACUUGAUGGGGCAGAAUUUGCGAAAGCAGAUGCCAAGAAGCGUCACAUCAUCAGUGAUCAGCAAAAUAAAAACCGCUGGUACUCUUGCCGUGACCAGUUCAAGCGGGAAUUGAACCUGCGGCAUAAAAGUGGCGAUGGGUCCUUGGCCAAAAAGCCUUACCUAUAUACAGAAAAUUUGCAAUUUCUAAGGCCUAUAAUGGAAACUAGACCGACCGUUGAUAACCUCAGCAAUGCUCCGGAGGAUGACCAAGCACCAUCUGGGCCAGCUUCCCAAGAAACUCCAUCGGCCCCUCCAUCCACGGAUGAAACUCCGCCAUUAGAAACAGUCAUGGAGGAUGUCCCGGAAAAUCGCACAGUGCCACAGCAGAUAAGCACCCAGCCUCGUUCCUCGGGUAGACGUAGGGGUCCCCCUCCCCACGAUUCUGGUUUAGAUACUCGAGCCAUUGUUGAAGCAAGGGUUAUGGACUAUUUAAACCAGAAUCGUGGUGAGAGUGCGGACGAAACGAUGGUUAUAAAAGUUGGUGCCCUUACUUAA